AUGUCUUUCGAAGAUUUUUCUCUCCCAGAAACCUCGAUUUCUCAGGAUGAUCAUAACCUGGAUUUCAAUUUUUGUCGUAUGAUCGAACCAGGCGAAUCACCUGAUUCCCCAGCUGAUCAUCUGUUUUCGAAUGGCCGGCUCGUGCCACACGAUUUCCCUCGUUCAUCUUCAAAGACUCUGAGCCUUUCAUCACGAUCAACAAGCUGGGGAAGCAGCAGAGAUGGCUUCGAGUCCUCAUCGUCGUCUAGGAGCAAUAGCUGCAGCUCGAGCCAGAGUAGAAGCAGCUCCAUCAGUAGUUCAACGACAAGCAUAAGUCACGCAGGUACUGAAAAAAGAAUAUCGAUUCGAGCCAGAAGACCGAGGAGUGGUGCGAUUAAAUCUGCACCCGAAACUUAUAAAAUGCAUAAGAAUUCUCCGAAUUUUUCGCAUGGAUCCCGAAAGUGGCAAUUUAUAGCAGCAGCGCCCGUCUUGAAUGGCAAUGUUACGGAAAGAAACAAAGCGAAAUCUGCGGAGAAGUCGAAAGCUAAGAAAGAGGGGAAGAGCAAGGGGCGUUGGGGGAGAUUUUUGUGUUUGUUUGUAGCAUGCAGUGAAUUUCAUGCUAUAGAAUCAUCGUCAAGCCGAGAGUGUUAG